AGAAGAAGAAGAAGAAGAAGAAGAAGAAGAAGUCCAGCAGGUGGCAGUAAUGCACCUUAAAGGAUACCACCUGUCGUUACAAUCCAAAGAAGAAGAAAAAUAAGCGAUUUCGACCGGAAGUUAGCCGCAGCUAACCGGAAGCGGGAUAAUGAGGACACACUGAGGAGCGAGCGAGACCAAACAUUACUCUUUACGCUCGAGACGACUUCUUCUGACACAGGAGAAAACAAGGAGACGACCACCUGUGUAUGAAGACGAGCCGGACGCAGCCAUGUCUUCAGCGGUGGAUCUAAAGACCAAGGAGGAGAAGGAUGCAGAGCUGGACAGACGAAUCGAAGCUCUGAGGAAGAAGAAUGAAGCUCUGGUGAAGAGGUACCAGGAAAUAGAGGAAGACAAGAAGAAGGCGGAACAGGAGGGCAUUGCCGUGACAACACCCCGGAAGCCCCGCCCCCAUGAGCCAGAGACGGACAGGCGGAAGACGGAGAAGGAAAACUUCACCGUCACAGUCGACCUGUCUAAACUUCCAGGGGAGAACAGAGUCAUAAAUGACUGGAAACCUGGAACUCCUCGUGGCAGGAAGACGUCAGAGGAGAGUGACGGCCAUGGAGGACAAGGCGACGGGCACAGAGGGCAGAGCGAGGGUCAGAGCGAGGGUCACAGAGGUCAGAGCGAGGGUCACAGAGGUCAGAGCGACGGGCAAAGAGGUCAGAGCGACGGGCACAGCAGCCCCACAGGAGGACGGGGUCAGGACGGAUGGGCCGGGGAGGGCAGAGAGGAGGACGCCAGGAGAGGAGAGAGUGGGAACCCAGGACGCCCAGAGACGGAGAACCUGGGGAACCAGGAGGAGGAGGAGGAGGCGGACCGGGGCGCAGGGGAGGGAGGAGAGAAAUGGGGCGGAGGAGGAUCAGGGGGCGGAGGAGGAGGAGGAGGAGGAGAAGGAGAAGGAGUGACACCUGGUGGCACGGACAGGAAAUCUAAGGAAUGGGAGGAGAAGAGGCGACAGAACAUCGAGAAGAUGAACGAAGAAAUGGAGAAAAUAGCUGAAUAUGAGAGAGGACAGCGGCAGGAUGGAGACAAACCGAUCCGGAACUUCCUGGACGACCCGAGGCGUUCAGGUCCAGCUCCCGACAUAGACCGCAAGGAGGGCAGCAGGAGACACGUGCGGAACUGGGGCGGGCUGGACUUUGACAACGUGAAGACGGGAUCUGAACUGGAGAAGGAGUGGACCAGUCGCAGACCAGGUCCCAAAGGCUCCAUGGAUAUGACCAUGUCUAUGACGGGCCGGGAGCGUGCGGAGUACCUGCGCUGGAAGAAGGAGCGAGAGCAGAUCGACGAGGAGAGACUGGCUCGCCAUCGUAACGCCACAGGCCAGUGGAGACGAGAGUGGGACGCUCAGAAGACGGACAACAUGUUCAAGGAGGACCCAUGUGCAGCCGCGGAGGGCAUCGCACCCGAGCAGGGCGGCAGGAGAGACGACAGCAAGCGGCCGCCUAAAGUCCCGACAUUUGGCGACUUCCUCUCUCAGGGCAGGACCCCGGGGCCCCGAGGAGACCGAGGCAGAGGACGGGGCCGAGGACAGAAACCGAGCUACAGCAUGCAUGACAACCGCUGGGAGGCAGAGAAAGAGGAGGAGGACAAGGUGAAGGAGGACAAGAUAAAGAAAGAGGAGAGGCCCAAAAAGAAGGAGAAGGAGGAAGAAAAAGCCAAAUCUCCAACCACAGAGAAGGUGGAGGAGAAGAAGAACGAGGAGGGAGAGGAAGAUGAAGAGGAAUGGGAGGACGCCAGCGAUGGAGAAGACGACGAUGAAGCGGCGGAGGACGAGAGCGACUCGGAGCACGACUCCAGAGGAGACGAGAAGAAAGACAAAGGCAAAGAGAAACCCUCCAGGAGCAGAGGCAGCAACCCGACAUCACCCGCACAUCGGUCCAGAACGACAUCAGCAGGAAGCCCCAAAGAGCAGCGGACCCCCAGACCCAAGAUCCACAUCCCCCCUCCCUCCGCAGUGCAGGAGUCACCAGAGGGAGGGAAGCCCCUCAGCCCCUUCCUCCCUCUGGAUAGCCACCAGCCUGUGUCAGACUGGGGGGAGGAAAUGGAGAUGCUGUCACCCCGGAGCAGCAUGGGAGGCGAGAGCCCGCUGAAACCCCUCAGUGUGGAGUCCACCCCGCCCCAGAAGAAGGACCAGGAGGAGGAGGAGGAGGAGGAGGAGGGGGGGGAGGAGGAGAAGGAGAACCAAGCUGCCUGCUCUAAUGAACCUGCUGAGCCACAAAGAGAGAAGGACACAGCCGAGGACGUCAUCCCUCCUCCAGAAGCUCAGCAGACGGUGAUCGUUUCAGAACCAGAGUCCGUCCCUGCCGACUCUUCCGCUGCGCCGCCGUCUGACCCCGCCCCCUCCUCCGAGGCCUCAGAGGCUGCUGUGAUGAAGGACACACCUGAUGCUCAAUCACACGCAGACAAACCGGACACCCCUCCCCCCGCGGCCGUCCCGUCUGCUGAUCCGAUCUCCUCCGAGCAAGCGGGAGAGAAAGACGAUGACGUCGCAGCGACCGCAGCGACCGCCGAGACCGCAGAGGCCGCAGAGGCCGCCGACGCCCCGUCAGCUGGAGAUGGAGAUGGAGAUGGAGAGGCGGAGGCGGAGUCCUCGGAGCAGACGUCCUCAGGCUGAAGCUGCUGGGAAACUAAAGAGUUUCUUCUGAGGAGGGCGGAAAGAUGAGAUGGACGAAGAAGAGCAUGAUGACACGUCUCACCACUGGAGUGACCGUCACACAUCAAACAAACCACGAGAGACAAUGACAGGAGGAGGAGGAAGAGGAGGAGGAGAGACUGUGCAUCACCAUCACAGACCGCUCUCUCUCUCUCUGGGCAGUUUUUAAGUCUUGUGGACCAGAGGGGUCUGGCUCCGCCUCCAUGUUUUGUCUCACUUUGUGGGGUUUUCAGGUGUGAAGGGUAAAGGUGUGUCACUGGUUUUCAUUAUGGAAACACUUAGAGUUACUAUCUUUUUUUUAGUCUGAUCAUUUUAUCCCGUGUUUAAAAAUAAAAAAUCAUGCAGAGGAAAAAUCGCUCAGACGCAGGCUUUUGUUUUUUAGUUUUCAGUUUUGAUUUUGAAGUUUAUGAAUCGACCUCUCCGAGCCUCACAGGUGGAAUCAGCAGGUGUUGUAGGCGAUAACAAUAAGAGGACAUUGAGCACUCACAGGUCCUCGGCUGAUCCGAUCGAUGACUAAUUCAAGCAGGCGCCUACUGAGCGCGCUCUGUCCACAGUUAAAGAAGCAGGAUGUGCACUCAGGCUUCAUGAGGUCAUUACAUGUUUUUCAUAACACCAAGCCCAGGCUGAGCAUGUUGAGGGUCCCACAUCUUUGUUUUCAGACCACUCAGCCGACUCAGGAAGGAAACAACUUUCUUUAUUUUUCUGUAGAAUUUGGCUUCAUUAUAAUUCUUUAAAGAAUCAUGUAGGUUAGAUCAGUCAGGGAUGUAGUUUUGAAGACUUUAAAUGGACACUAAUAUCCCAGGCGUUCUUCUUCCUUUGCAUCUAGGCUACCCAUGAUGCAACUGGACCCCUGGUAGUUUGUUCCUAGAGAUGAGUGUAGGAUGCUCAUAGCGGCUGAUGUAGCCCCUCAGUUGAGAUCUUCUUCUAAACUUCUAAACACAAACAGGUUUUUAUCUUUUAUUCAAACUCUUCGUCUUCUGCUCCGACCUAUGAUGACUCAAGUGACAUCACACUACAGUCGAGGCAUUUUCAGAUUUGUAAAAGAUUAGAAAAAAAAGCUCAAACUAUAUUGACACCUGUUUUGAUACCACAGCUACAAAAUAAACAAGCCCUAGGCACCAAACAUGUUUUUAAUCAUCAUAAAUACCAGCUCACCGUCUAGAUUGCAUAAAUCACUUUGACAACGCUUUGUGCAAUUUGGACAGUGCUCUCUCUUCACCAACAGCAGCUUUUGGUUUAAAACGCUUUUUUUACUUUUAAAGGCUUUAUCUGUGAUUUUUCACUCUUAAAUAUAGAAAUCAAGUAUCUCCUCUGAAAGUAACUCUGUGAGUCAUGACUGUCUACAAUGGGUGUAACACCCGAGUCCCACUGUCUGUGAUGUUUUCAGAGUUUUCAGAGUCCUAUCUUCAGUUUGUUUACAUCGCCCGGACAGCCGGCUGACUCCUCCCCUCGAGUAUAAAAGUUGUUUAAUUGAGGGACUAGAGAAAAGAAGAAUAACAUACUGUACUCACUGCUUAACUGUGUUUCUAGAUCACGCUCAUUUCAGCUAAAUUUACAUGCAGUGUGAAGAUACGAUCAUAAUAAAGAUCGCUAGCAUUAGCAUGCUAACACAAACAAUGCAGCGUGAGUUGUUUUGGUUUCAUGCUGGUGCUCAAGGGCGACAUCUGCUGGAUCAAAAAAAUCACAUAUAAAGCCUUUAAGCACUAUUGAUUCUCAAAAUAUCGGAGAUUCAAAUGUGAUAUCAAAAAGCAUCUAUGGAUUAACAUUUUUGACAACAUUGUAUCCCACAAGUACAAACAUCAGACUUCACACAGCUUCUUAACGAGAAACAGAUUAAUGCAUUUUUUUUACAUAUUCAAUUCAACUUAAACACCUGGAGAAAGAAAGUUUAAUGUAACAGCUGUCGGCUGAUUGUCAACAGUUAGCCUGAGUUGAAUUUAAAGAUCAGUCUUCAUUAUCAAACUUAAUUUUCCCGCCGAUCAGUCCUGGAUUCACCUUUGAUUAUUGCCUCCAUGGUUUCCUCUUCAGUCUUCUUAAAGCAGGAGAAUCACAGCUCUAGUUCAACUUCAAAUCCUCUGUAGUGAGUGAUUUUGAUGGCCAUCUUGUGACAGAAUGAUCUCAGCUCCAUUAGUCCUCAUAAUGUGGAGAGGGGGACUCCACCCUCCACCCUCCACCCUCCAGCCUGCUCGCUCUUUGUUUUUAAUUUGUGGCUUUUAAUGACUACGUUUGCAGGAUUUGACUUUAAAUCAGUCUGGGCUCUUUUUUGUUUUUCAUGAUGAGUUUCCUCUGCAUGUCAAUCAUGAUGUUUUUAAAUGUUUUUGCAUCGGAGGUGGCGGUGCAGGCCUGCUGUGUGUGUGUGAGAUGGAGAACCAUCAUGUGGGUUCAGCGUGCGAGUCAGAGUGAGCGACUGGCUGCUACAUGAAUCAGUCGACGACACACUUUCAGUCGCUGCGCUCGAUGCUCUGACCUGGAUUCUGUUCUCGGAUCAGGUGUUUAAACUUUAGGGCAGGAAACCUCAACAUCUCCUCAUGUUUAUGAAAAAAGAAAACGAUCAUGCAGUGGUUUUAAUGAUUCUGCGUCACAAUCAGGAAACGUUUGAUGUACUUUCUACUCGCUGUGAAUCAACAAAUCUUAAGAAAUCUGUUGUUUCUCUUUCCUCCUUUAGACGACACACUGCCUCUUUAAUGGAAGCUUUGUUUUUUACAUUUCAGGGUCUUAUUAUUAAAUCAUGGAUGAUAAAGACUGACUCCAACAACGAGUGCUUCUUUUGUUCAAUAUUUUCCACAGUCAUGCGUUGGGAUCUCGUUUCUUAUUUGUAAAAUCAGACUUUCAUGACAUGGUCUGACAUGAAUUACUACUAAAAAAUGAGGUUUUUUGUUUUGCAUCUUCAGUUUAUUCAGAGUGAAACGUUCCCCUCGUACCUCAGCAGACCCUGAGCUUCAGUCCGCUUAGUGUUUGAGUUUGUAAUCGCUCUUUGAAUCAUGUUGGCUGAAGCUGCUUUUAUGUGGCGUUUGAGGACCCCGGGGAUAAAUGGGAUGCUUUAAUGUUUUUGUGUUCUCUUAAUCAGACAGAUGUAAAAUGAUGCAUUUGGAUAUGAAAGGAAUGCAAUAUGUACAGCUUUUUAAAUGCUAAUAAACAUUCCAUAGUCGGGUGUUUGUGCAACAUGUCGCCUGCGAGCUUCAAACAAAACAUGUUUUCUUUUUCUUUCUUUUUUUGCAUAUGAUUGUUUUAUUUUUCAGAGCUUUUGAUUGUAUUUAAAACAACAGUAGAAAUGUCCAUCUGUUUCUAAAACUGUCUUCCUGUUUGAUACAUGAAAUUUCUCUCAGAUCUAAAACAGAUUUGCCUUUUUUUUUGGAGCUGUUAACAGAAAGUCAUCAGGACGAGCAUGAAUCUGAAAUUGUAGCUUUUUUUUUUAAUGUUCUCAAAGCCAUCGAUGAAAUAAACGUCCCCCGCGGGGCUCACACAUCAGAGAGACGCCGCCCUGAUGUUUGUACAGCUGUCCAAAAAUGUGUACACAUGUAAAGCACACAGCAGUGUUUGUUUUUUCUCAUUUAGACAAUAAAUCUUUUUUUUUCUCUGACGACUACA